GUUCUUGCGGGGGGGAAAGGAGCGCCAUGGCGCCACUGCUGCUGCUACUGCCACUGCUACUGCUGAUUUCGUCGAUCGCGCCGAGCGCCAUGGCAGCGCCGGCGCACACGAGCAAUUGGGCGGUGCUGGUAUGUACCUCGCGCUACUGGUUCAACUACAGGCAUAUGGCCAACACCCUCUCGAUCUACCACACCGUCAAGCGCCUGGGCAUCCCGGACGAUCACAUCCUCCUCAUGCUCGCCGACGACAUGGCGUGCAACGCCAGGAAUUCCCGCCCGGCCCAGGUCUUCAACAACGAGGAUCACAAGCUCAACCUCUACGGCGAGAAUGUGGAGGUGGAUUACCGCGGCUACGAGGUCACCGUGGACAAUUUCCUGCGCGUCCUCACCGGCCGCCACGAUCCGGCAGUCCCGCGAUCCAAGCGCCUCCUCAGCGACGAGUCCAGCAACGUCUUGCUCUACAUGACCGGCCAUGGUGGCGACCAGUUCAUCAAGUUCCAGGACGCGGAGGAGAUCCAGAGCCACGACCUGGCCGACGCCAUCCAGCAGAUGCAUCAAAAGGGGCGAUACAGGGAGAUCUUGUUCAUGGUGGACACUUGCCAGGCCUCGACGCUCUACUCGCAAGUCUACUCGCCUGGAGUGCUGGCCGCGAGCAGCAGUAAGAAGGGGGAGAACUCCUACUCCCACCACCUCGACAUGGACGUUGGCGUCUCGGUGAUCGAUCGCUUCACGUACUACACGCUCCAGUUUCUCGAGGGCGUGAGGACCGACAGCGCCGCCACCCUCGAGAGCUUGUUCCGGGUCUACGAUCCCCGGCUGCUCAUGUCCAACGCCAGCUUCAGGGACGACUUGUUCCGGAGGAAGCUGGACGAGGUCCGCGUGACCGAGUUCUUUGGAUCCGUCAUGGACGUCAAGCACACCCCGUCGGGAUACAGUGGCUUCACUGGCGAUCCUACUCGACGAAGUGAUCGACGCCGCAGCGAAGGAGAAGCCAAGCCUCGACGAGAGGAAAGAGAAGCUACUGCUGCUGCUGCUGCUGCUGCUAGUGAGCUCGAGGUCGGUGCUGGAGACGAGGGAGAUUGGGUGCUCGGGGUGAGUUGCUUGCUGAUUGGAGUCACCACCGUCUUGUGGCACAAAGCUCUAAGGACAGACUGAGCGUCCCAAAGAGAAGCUUUUCGUUUCGUGUC